UGCCACGCGAUUGGCUGGCGGGGCGCGGUGUGUCAGUGCCCGAGCGAGGGUCCCAAACAGUGUCAGCGCGAGCGGGGCUACGCUGCAGGUAUCUGUGAAGCAGCAAUGGCAACAGAAUCUCCCCGUCGUCCUAGCCGAUGUACUGGGGGAGUUGUGGUUCGCCCACAGGCUGUCACAGAACAGUCGUAUAUGGAAAGUGUUGUUACAUUUCUUCAAGAUGUUGUACCACAGGCCUACAGCAGUACCCCACCAACAGAAGAAAAAGAAAAAAUAGUCUGGGUCAGAUUUGAAAAUGCAGACAUAAAUGAUACGUCGAGGAAUAUGGAGUUUCAUGAAAUACACAGUACUGGAAAUGAACCCCCUUUGCUGCUAAUGAUCGGAUACAGUGAUGGAAUGCAGAUAUGGAGCAUACCUAUCAGCGGUGAAGCACAAGAGCUCUUUUCUGUCCGUCAUGGUCCAGUUCGAGCUGCACGAAUUCUGCCAGCCCCGCAAAUCAGUACUCAAAAAUGUGAUAACUUUUCUGAGAAGAGACCCCUUCUUGGUACGUGUAAAAGCAUUGGAUCUUCUGGCACAAGUCCUCCUUAUUGCUGUGUGGACCUUUACUCUUCGCGAACGGGAGAGAUGGUCAAAUCCAUACAGUUCAAAACUCCUAUUUAUGAUCUGCAUUGUAACAAAAGGAUACUUGUCGUAGUCUUGCAAGAGAAAAUUGCUGCCUUCGACAGCUGUACGUUCACAAAAAAAUUCUUCAUCACGAGCUGCUAUCCUUGUCCAGGGCCAAAUAUGAAUCCCAUUGCUCUUGGAAGCCGUUGGCUUGCUUAUGCAGAAAAUAAGCUGAUCCGAUGCCAUCAGUCCCGUGGUGGAGCCUGUGGAGACAACAUUCAGUCUUACACUGCCACAGUCAUUAGUGCUGCCAAAACAAUAAAGACUGGACUUACAAUGGUUGGGAAAGUAGUUACACAGCUGACAGGGACACUGCCAUCAGGAGCAACUGAAGAAGAAAUUUUAGCUCAUAGCAAUACGCGUCGAAGUCCUCUGGUGCCUGGAAUCAUCACUGUUAUUGAUACUGAGACUGUUGGAGAAGGGCAGGUGCUUGUUAGUGAGGACUCUGAUAGCGAUGGUAUAGUGGCCCACUUCCCGGCACAUGAAAAGCCCAUUUGCUGCAUGGCUUUUAACCCCAGUGGGAUGCUGCUGGUCACUACUGACACAUUAGGCCACGAUUUCCAUGUUUUCCAAGUACUGACACAUCCUUGGUCAUCAUCACAAAGUGCUGUCCAUCAUUUAUAUACACUUCACAGGGGAGAGACUGAAGCCAAAGUACAAGAUAUAUCUUUCAGCCAUGACUGUCGUUGGGUAGUGGUCAGCACUCUUCGUGGCACUUCCCAUGUUUUCCCAAUCAAUCCGUAUGGCGGACAGCCUUGUGUUCGGACACACAUGUCUCCCCGAGUGGUAAACCGCAUGAGCCGCUUCCAAAAGAGCGCAGGGUUGGAGGAAAUUGAGCAGGAGCUGACGUCUAAGCAAGGAGGUCGCUGUAGUCCUGUCCCAGGCCUGUCAAGCAGCCCAUCUGGAUCGCCUCUCCAUGGUAAACUGAACAGCCAGGACACGUACAAUAAUUUCACAAACAAUAACCCUGGGAAUCCACGCCUUCUGCCGCUCCCGAGUUUGACUGUGGUGGUACCUCUUGCUCAAAUCAAACAGCCAAUGACCUUGGGGACCAUCACUAAACGCACAGGACCUUACCUGUUUGGAGCAGGAUGUUUUUCUAUAAAAGCUCCAUGCAAAGCCAAACCAGCUCCACAGAUUUCACCUAGUAAAUCCGUGGGAGGAGAGUUCUGUGUUGCUGCCGUCUUUGGAUCAUCGCGAUCCUGGUUUGCAAAUAAUCCAGGCAUAAAAAGAGAAAAAGAUCAAUCGAAGCAAUUUGUAGUAGAAUCACUGUAUAUUAUCAGCUGUUACGGUACCCUGGUGGAGCAUGUCUUGGAACCACGUCCGCUCAGCACUGCUCCAAAGAUCAGCGAUGAUACUCCUUUGGAAAUGAUGACUUGCCCAAGAGCCAGCUGGACACUGGUUAGAACUCCUCAGUGGAAUGAACUGCAACCACCAUUUAAUGCAAACCACCCAUUGCUCCUAGCUGCAGAUGCAGUACAGUACUAUCAGUAUCUGCUCGCUGGCUUGGUUCCACCUGGGAGUCCUGGACCUAUUACUCGACACGAGUCAUACGACAGUUUAGCAUCUGACCACAGUGGUCAGGAAGACGAAGAGUGGCUUUCCCAGGUUGAGAUAGUGACUCACACCGGACCUCACCGACGCCUGUGGAUGGGUCCCCAGUUCCAGUUCAAAACAAUUCAUCCAUCAGGCCAAACAACAGUAAUUUCCUCCAGUUCUUCUGUGCUGCAGUCGCAUGGGCCAAGUGACACACCACAGCCUCUUCUGGACUUCGAUACAGAUGAUCUUGAUCUCAACAGUCUCAGGAUUCAGCCAGUUCGCUCUGAACCUGUUAGCAUGCCGGGGUCAUCACGUCCAAUGUCCGAUCGGAGAGGAGUCUCAACGGUGAUCGAUGCUACCUCAGGUGCCUUUGAUCGGAGCGUGACCCUGCUGGAAGUCUGCGGGAGCUGGCCGGAGAGCUUCGGUCUCCGUCACAUGUCUUCCAUCGAGCACACCGAGGAGGGGCUUCGAGAGCGUCUGGCUGAUGCCAUGUCCGAGUCGCCCAGCAGGGACAUAGUGGGAUCAGGAACAGACACAGCCGUUGAAGUAGCAGUAAAAAACAUCUCCACAAAGAGGCACAUGGCUUUGAAAUGUUUUGAGCUGCAGCGAGAGGGAAGCAUAGAGACGCUAAGUAACAGCUCCGGUUCCACCAGCGGAAGCAUUCCUCGCAAUUUUGAUGGUUACCGAUCGCCUCUCCCGACUAACGAAAACCAGCCCCUGAGUCUUUUCCCCACAGGAUUCCCUUAAAUUAGUCAAACAUACGAGGAGAGAUUCAGCCGGGGUAACAAUCUCGAUGUGCAUUUUCACCCACCGGUUAGCUGCAGCGCUGGAUGGUUCUCGUUACCCUAAUAAAUAUUGACGACUCUUCUGCUUAAAAAAGAAUCUUCCUGCAGCGUAUUCUCAAAAAUACUGAAUUUGUUUUCCUGUGCAAUACUGACAAGGAGAGACUCUUUCUUCAAUCCUAACAGCUUCGUGGCUUCUUUUUGUUGUGUUUGGAGAGAGACUGUUUAGAGGAGAAAUAUUUUUUAAACCCAUUUUUUUGAUGAAGCGUAUGAUUUUACAGUCGUUACCUGCUUCUUCAUGUUAAAUGGGGUGGGGGGUGGGGAGAAAAAAGGGAAUCCGCCUAACUUUAGUGGCGCAUGGGCCAUUCAGCCAGCGAACUGUAGCUGUUUGCAAAAGUGCUGAGCAUAAAAGCAAAAACUGGAGGCAGCGAAAACUCAAGAACUG